CUGAGAUUUAUAUUGUUCUACUAGCCUGUUCUCUCUCGCGUCCGCUCGCCUGUGUUCAUCACAGAGCAGAGUCUGUUGUACACUCGGCAAUUUCUGGAUUUCUCUAUGACGUUGUGUUGUCUUCGGAUAUAUACAGUAAACCCCCUGAACAGCAUUUUCGCAAGUUGAUCUUGCAUCCCUUUCAUAGUACUUACUAUUCAUGUUAUCACGUUCAACUUCGCCCACCAGCGAGCGUAAAGAUGAAUCAAUACCUCCACCCCCCACUAUAUCGGCAAUCCUUCCAAGAACGAUUCUUCUGAUAAUUCUUUUUAUCAUCCCCCACUUAAUUUAUCAUAUACCAGCCAUCUUCCGCUUCGUCAGGAAUUAUCAAAUUUUUCUAGCCGUAGGGGCGCUGUUGACGGCGGUCCUAUCUGCCAAUUUAUACCAUACCAUUCUUUACGGGACCUGGCUAGGACAUCACUUAGGUUCGGCGGCUCAAUUCUUCAAUUGGGUCAUCAUUUUUAUUCAACUCCUAGCCCCGAUCUCAUCCUCGUUCUACACGAAUGCUUUCCUUGACUGCGUUCUCUCCUUAUACACAAUCACCACCCUUGAGGUGACUUUCUGGGCGCUCGUUGGUGUUCAGAGGCCUAUGGAGUAGGUCAUUUUGUAUUCUGAACCUGGAUUGAGUGAACGUCUUCAAAGGGUUAGAAGAGACCGUCGAGUCUGCCUUGGAGGUUGUGAACACCGGUAUUAACUUUCUGAGAACGAUUACUAUCUCUGGUUCGACGCUCA